AUGGCGAUCGCCAAUAUGCGGACGUUCAUGCAGGCGACACACGGGCUGCCGGCCACCGUGACCGCUCCAUCACCGCCGCCGCCACCCCCGCCCGCGCCACACGCGCCGCCUCCACCGGCCCCGGCCUCGACCCAGGGCGUCCCCAUCACGAACAUCAAGUGGCCGGCGUCGCCGUCCCAGCGGCCCUCAUGGGUGGACGCGCCGGUCUUCACACCAGCCCCUGCCCAGCCGACCGUGCCUCCACCGGUGGCGUACACCGCAACCUCCCCCUUCGGUGGCUUCAGCGGCUACGAUGAUCCUUAUGAGGGGGGAAGCGCUGUCCACUCGCCCCCUACCGCGCCGGCCCCGACCUUCGUCGCCGCGCCGUCCGCUCAGCAGCCACCGCGGUACACCAAGUUGGAUUUCACCAACUAUGAUGGUGCCACCGACCCCCUCAACUGGCUCAACCAGUGCGAGCAAUUCUUCCGGGGGCAGCGGACACUGGCGUCCGACCGAACAUGGAUCGCUUCCUACCACCUCCGUGGAGCCGCCCAGACGUGGUACUACGCUCUCGAGCAGGACGAGGGCGGGAUGCCGCCGUGGGAGCGCUUCCGCGACCUGUGCCUCCUCCGGUUCGGACCCCCGGUACGCGGGAGUCGCCUAGCCGAGCUGGGGCGCCUGCAGUUCACCUCGUCGGUGCAGGACUUCGCCGAUCGCUUCCAGUCGUUGGCGUGCCAUGCCCCCGGCGUCUCGGCUCGUCAGCGCGCCGAGCUCUUCGUGGGCGGCCUUCCCGACCACAUCCGGGUCGACACGGUCGAUGACGAGGACGGUGAGACACUUACCCCGGAGCUUGACGCCGGGGCCGCUUCCGAGCCGGGCGCCACGACCUAUGGGCCAGUCGACGCGAAGGCUUUCGUCGUCUCCCUCCACGCGUUGGCAGGCAUCAAGACAUUGAAGACCAUGCUCCUGUCGGUGACGAUCAGCGGGGAGCGCCUCACCACGCUGGUUGACACGGGCUCGACGCACAACUUCCUGGCCGGCGACGCCAUGCGCCGACUCGCACUACAGCUGUCAGGGGACGAGCACUUCAGCGUCACCGUCGCCAACGGGUACCGCCUAGCCUGGCAGGGCGUGGCUCGGUAGGUGCCCAUCACCAUCGGCGACGAGCACUUCUCCGUGGACUGCGUCGGCAUCAACCUGGGCUGCUACGACUUCA